CUUUCAAAAAGUGAAGAAAACGGGAAAAACAAAAAAGUCAGUUUUCUGUAACCCGCGUUCCAUCUGCUCUGAAUCUCAUUAAAAGGCAGUGCAUUUGUAAAAGAAAAUUUCAUCUCAUUUCGGUUGGCAAUUAUCAACAGUUGGAUAUUGUAGUGUACGUAGUGAAGAAAAAGCUGAUAUUAGCCCUCAUCAAUGUACUAAUUUUGAGAAAUGCAGAAAUUGUGGGUGAUCACUUGAUCUCUGGAAAACUCCUAAACCGUCAGACUUGGAGACAAAAAAAUUGUUUCAUUCCCGUAACUUAUUGGGCCUAACAUUGAUGAAAAGUUUCGUCAAGAUCGGAUGUACAGUGUCGGAGAUAAUUUCUGAGGGAGGGGGGCUGCUUAAAUCUUUUAUACGUUGAUUCAUUCGAUGUCAAAACUAUUAUUAAAACUGUCUUUGAUCUGGCUCAACUUGAUCUUGAAACAUCGAUUUAUGCUUCGAUGCCUCUAACUGAAGUUGUUACACAACUUCUCUGUUUUCAACAAUUAGUGUUUAUUCCAUCUUCACUAUAUCAAAACCAGAUGAAAUUGAACGUUUAGUAGGAACAAACUUCUUUGGUUUACCAAGAAUUAAUCAUGUAUUUUCAGUUUAUGAAAUGUUAACAAUUCCAUUUAAACAUCAUUCAAAAUCUAUUCGGUUAGCUAAUAUGCCAUCGUAUAUCGGAUAUAAUCCAACAGAUGAAACAAUUAUUGAAUUUUAUAAACGGAAUUUAUGUGAUUGUGCAUUUGGCACAGUUACAUCAUGUCGUGAUGUACCCGCUAUACAUUCGACUUUAUCAAAUAUUUGUCUUGAUCAAAUUUUGAAGAAAAAUAAAUUGUCUUCGUGUGUUAGUUACGGUGGUGUUACACUUCAUUACAUUGAUUCAGCAUGGCGAUUAAAAACAUUUAAUUUGGCUUGUCGUGCCUAUGAUCCUGAAUUUAACCCUUCACUGAAUAAAAAUAUUUAUAUUCUUAGUGAUAAUGAAAAUUUGAUGAAAGCAACAUUUCGUGAAAAGAGAAUUGGUUGUGGUACACAUUAUUCUAAUAAAAUUUUAGAACAUGCACUUAUGAAAGAUGAUAUCAAUUGUAGUGAUGUCCAAAAAUUGUUUUUAUCUGUUAAAGCAAUUGUAAACCACGUUAAACGUUCACAUAAACAAGCACAAUUACGACAUAAAUUACAAUCAUUUUCUGAUACAAGAUUUAAUGGUGUCUUUGUUAUGACGAAAUCAAUUUUAACUGUUUAUGAUGAACUAACUGAUACAGUACAAGAUGAAAUGAAAAAUAAAUUGUCAGAUAUAGAUAAAUCAUUAUUACAGUUUAUCUGUUCUUAUUUAAAAAAUUUUAAUGACGUAACAGAAGGUUUAAGUGCAGAUCAAAAUCCAACUAUCUAUGAGGUCAUUCCUUUACAUCAAAUGUUAGUUCAUUCAUCAUUGACAACAACAGAUAAUACGGAAGCCCCAAACAGUUUGAAAGAAUAUAUUGGUAAAGAAUUAUUAAGUAAUUGGAUUAUUACUGACGAACAUUAUUUGUGUGUUAUAUUACACCCACUGUUAACAAAUUUUCAAACAUUACCAGAUUUUAAACAACAUUCGUAUGCAGUUCUUCAGAACAAAAUAAAAAAAGUAAGAAAUUCUGAUAAUAAUACAACACAACCAAUAGAUUCAAGUGCAACAUCGUCAUCAUCCUCACCUACAUAUAUGGCUACAAAUGACAAUAGACGAAGUUUAUUAUCAAACUUUUUUGACACAAUAAACCUAAAUAGUGUUCCAAAAGAUGAAUUUCAUUUAUAUAUAGAAUCAACAGUUACGUUUGGAAAAGACGAAACUGUAUUGGACUAUUGGAAAAAAAAUGAAACUGUUUAUCCAACUAUAUCAAAAAUUGCAAAACGUAUAUUAGCUAUACCUGCAACAGAUACAUCAGCUGAGCGUUUAUUUUCGCAAAGUGGUAAUACAGUAACAAAUAGAAGAACAAGAUUAGGAACUGAUAAAGUUAAUCAAUUGAUGUUUCUUCGAAAAAUUUAA